AUGAACACGCUCAGGACUUCGCUUUCGGCGGUUACCAGCGCCGUGCUCAAGGGCAAAGCCAGGCAAGCCGCGACGCCUGUCGUCUCGUCUAUCAUCAGCCGAACUAUUGCUUCUUCCACAUCCACCUCCUCUGCGGUUUCCACUGCCACCUCGUCCGCUGGUCCUUCCACCUCGUCCAUCGCAUCCUCCGUCUCUUCAGCCGUCGAUUCGAGCGACCGAGCUUUGUCACUACUCAAAUCGCAACCUUCGCACUAUGCAAUUGCCUCGAUGACCGGACGCACCUACCUUAUCUCCAAAGGCGACAUGGUCACUGUACCUCGCCUCAGAGAUGUUCAGGUCGGCGACGUUCUCGUGCUCGACAAGGUGCAUGAGAUCGGAUCGCGCGACUAUACUUUACGAGCACAGGACACGCUCAAUACACGUCGCAUCUCCACUGCCGUAGACCUCUCCAGCCCGCACCCACUCGCAUCAACCGCAUCAACCGCAUCCACUCUGUACGGGGUCUCCCCCGCAGUCGCAUCCCAACCAAGACGCUUGUUCACACGUCUCGUCUCAGAAGAUACUGCUCCGAUCGCAGCUGCAGCUGCUAGAGGCCCCCUUCUGCCCCUCGCUGACACAUGGUCCUCCCGACUUGUGCCUAAUGGACUCGCUCACAUCGGUGCCAGCUUACCCGCUUCCACCGUCAAAAUCACCGCCGUCGUAACCGAAAACACAAAGGGCGCACUGGAAAAGAUUGUCAAGAAGAAACGAAGAAAAGGUUACAAAAAGACUAUCCAGCACAAACAACCCUACACCCGCAUUCGCAUCCAAGACAUUCAGAUUCAGCCUUCCAACUGA